GAGAUAUAUCAACAAGAAGGUAAACGAGCGGCUGGAAGCUGAAGUCUUCUACGCUGUUGACGAAGCCGUCCACGCGCUCGGAGAGCGGCGUACAGAGCUACAAUGCACGAGGUGUACGACGUUCGAAGUGGCCUUCCGGAAUGCGCUAACCUCAUACAAGCUCGACCCGAGCCCGCUGCCUGCCCUGACAACAGACAUGUUCGCCAGACUCGCUCGAGUCAAAGUCAGCAACGGAACCAUCCGAGGCCUGUCCAGGUUGCGCCAGUCGGGUGACGUCAUCGCCCGAAUCGACGAAUGCGGCGCGUACGUUUACGCCGACGUCACUGUCCGCAACCUGACCGUCACGCUUGCCGUGAACGUGAGGACGUUCAUGACCGACUUCAGAGCGAUAGUGAGGGCCAACAUUUCAGCGCGAAUCAUCAUCGAGGUUGUCGAGCAAAACGCCACUUUCCUGCUGAAAACACUGGUUGUCAAUACGACAGACCGAAUAUACGUCACUGUUACGCCGAUUGGAGCUGUCAGUUCACUCGCCGCUUUCUUUCUACCGGCUAAAUUUAUUUCUGAAAUGACAAAAAGAGAGCUACAGCCGCUCACAAGGAGUACGAUACAAGGCGGUCUUAAUGCAUUACACGACUUCGCUCACGUAAAUACCAGAAAAGGCUAAUAAAAGUCUGAUAAACAAAA